CACAGAAAAUACAGCCCAUGCCCGGCCCAGGCUAUUAUACCAUAGUCCAGGCCCAACUGUUGCGCAUCGCGCCAUGGCCUCCGAGCUCGGGCAACCGCCGCCGGCGAAAUGCCCACCGACGGCGCCCACCACCAUUACCGAUAUCAGCGACGACCUCCUUUGCGAGAUCUUCCUCCUCCUUCCCUCCCUCCCGAGCCUCGUUCGCGCCGCCCUCGCCUGCCGCACCUUCCUCCACGCCGUCCGUUCGUCCCCCGCCUUCCGCCGCCGAUUCCGGGCGCUCCACCGUCCGCAGCUCCUUGGCUUCUUCCGUGAAACCGGCCGGGAAGCCAUCCCUCCCUUCGUCCCCAUCCGCAGAAGCUCCGACCCCGACCUCACCGCGGCCGUCAGCGGUUCCGAUUUCUUCCUCUUCCGCCUCCCCGAAGACAGCGAUUCCACCCCCGGCUGGGAGCUGAGGCGCUGCCACGACGGCUACCUCGUCCUCGCCAACAAUGUCACCGACCAGAUCGCUGCCUACAACCCCCUCACGCAGGCGCUGCAUCUCUUCCCCACGCCGCUCAGGGAGAUCCUCAGCAAGGGUCUGUUCCCCCAGCCACAGCGGCCCAAGGAGAUCCGCAUCGAAGUCCUUGAGUUCCAUAUCCUCUUCUCCGAGGAGGACCAGCGGGUGUUCCGAAUGGCUUGUGUCCAAUUUCGGAACAUUUCGAAGGUGCCGGUGUGUGUUGCUGUCUUCUCACCGGCCACCAGGGAGUGGCAGGUUUUGCCAUGGCCGGCUCCACCACAGCCUGUGGAUGACGACUGGUUCGGCUUUUGCCCUGGUAUGCAGAUGAGUGGAUUCGUUUACUGGAAACACAAGAGUAAAGCCUAUCUACUUGUUCUCGACAACGUGACACUGCAGUUCUCUAGAGUGUAUUUGCCGCAUUUCUUGCGAAAGAUAGACCCUACGCUGUUCAAGCUUGGUCAGACCAAGGAUGGGAAGCUCUGCAUGGUUUGUGCAGAUGACUCCGACGCAAAUAUAGGAACGCUUGUUGUUCAUGUUUGGGGAGCUGAUGAUGACGGUGUUGAGAAAUGGAUGCUGGAAGAUACUUUUCCACUCAGUACAUUUAUUGAUGCCGACAAGUAUUUAACAGAGGAUGAUACCACGGUGCAGAUUGAGGCCGUUAUCGAUGGCUUUGUGUACCUGUCUAUUAAGUAUGAUGAUUAUACUGAGUCCCUCAUAUCCUUCUGCCUGGAAACAGCAGAGCUAAACACGCUCUUUGAUGAUACAUAUGCAAGCCCUGCUUAUCCCUACAUCAUGUCAUGGCCUCCUUCUUUGGUAUGCAACAAGGAGGAUUCACAAACCAAGAUUACUGGAUGCAGUGUAGAAGAUGCUGGUUCUGUGGGCACAGAAGAAACUCCCUCUGCUCUUGUCACAGCGCCGCAAUCACACAAAUUUGCUUGACGACGAUGAAGCAAUAGUCAUGGAGGAACUCAGUUGCAAGAGCACACGCGCAAGAGCACCUCCGGCCGCCGCCUUGCGCUGCCACCUCGCCGGAGCUCCACCACCGUCCAUGCAUCGGCCUCCACUGCUGCCCUCCUCUGCCCAGGGCUGGGUUGAGGAGAGAUUUUUAUUUUUAUUUUUUGUGGGUCCCACAUGUAAGUGACUGGCUGGGAGAGAUGAUCUUUUUUAUUUAUCUGACUAGGCUGACUGGGAUUGCUGACUAGGCAGUCAAUGGUCAAAACCGGUCAAAACAGAGUCAAAACCAUGCCAGGGUCGGUUUUUGUCCGGUUUUCAGAGUUCGGGGUUGAUUUUUAGACGGUUUUGGAGUUCGGGGUUGUAUCUUCGACUUUGGUGGCAGUUCAGGGUUGUAAUAUGGACUUUUCUCUUUAUUUUUCGUGCUGUUGACCUAUUGAUGUGGAGAUACAUCAAAGUGAGUAAGAAAACGUCUAGUCAUUUAUCACAGUUUUGGUUGGCCCAACAUGUAGUUAUCUUGCUCUCUUUGAUUCCAGGAUUCACUGACCAUACAUUCUUCUACUGCAGUAUUUUUCUUGCUCUCUUAGCUGCUUGGGGUUCUGCUGUUCAUUGCUUUGAGCCUUUGGUUUCCAGUUCAUAGUUUCUUUCUCCAUUUUUCUCCAGCUAUUCUAGUGUUCCCAGUCACAAAGAAAAAAAAGAGAGAGAAGAAGCUAUUCUAGUGUUCCCAUGUGGCCAAUUUU